CCUGGCUGAGUGCUCUCCUUAUAUAGACUAGUGCUUAUAGUUCGUAAUGGUGUGAGGCACCACUUAUUGACAGCUCCUGGUACCUCUCCUGCCACAAGAAUCCGCCGGUCCGAAUUAUGUAAGUACGGCAUGAGCGGAGUUCUACAGAGCACGUGCAAAUCCCGUCCCCCCUUUCCCUUCCCCGCCAGUGCCCAAUCCCGCUAACCCAGCGCGAGUCGCGACCGACAGCACACAGAGCCGCACCUUAAAAUUUUCUCGAUUUCUUCGCUUGGCUGCCUUGCUCUCCCCACCCCGCCCCACACUCCCGUGCACCACCGCCCCCGACGGCCAUCCCCCCGCCACCUCCCCCAAUCUCAUUGCAUAUUUCCACCACGCUUUUACGUACACCCGCAAUGAAGGACCGACCAGCAAAACGUACGCGCCGGGCGCCCUCCGACAACGGCGGCAAAGAUGGGGACAGGGACGGGGAAGAUGGGGCAGCUGAAGCUGCAGCAAGAGACGCUCUACGACGGCAUUUUGAGGAGCGGUUUGGGGCGCUGGAGGGGGCGCCUGUUGCUACGCCUGCUACACCCGCUACAAAGGGGAAGGACAAGGGGAAGAAGGAGGUGGUGAUUGAUGAUGGCUCCAACGAAGAUGAGGACGAUGGCUUGGAGGGUGAGGGGGAGGACGAUGAAGAGGACAGUGGGGAUGAGGACAGCGGGGAUGACAGCGAAGAGGACGACUGGGAGGAUGACGGUGUUGUGGCAGUGUUCCAUGGCGCUGAUAAGCGGAGAACAGAAUCACUGUCGAAGCGGGAGAAGAGGGCGUUUAUGUCCUCGAAACCGCCCUCACUGCUCGCGCCCACACCCACGACCACCGCACCUGCCGGCCGCGCCCACGGCAAAUCACCAGAAGAGAAAGACGACGACGCGGGCGAAGAUGAGGCGCUGAACCUAAAGAACGACUUAGCGCUGCAGCAGCUGCUCCGCGAGUCGCAUCUGCUUGAGGGCGGGCGCGACGGGUCGCUCGAGGCGACUGGCGCGGCGCGCCUCAAGGCGCUGAACAUACGGAUCGAAGCUCUGGGCGGGAAGCGGGAUGUGGCGCCACAGAAGAUGGCGAUGCACAUGAAGAAGGGGAUUGAGGGGAAGAAAGUGGAGCGCGAGAAGAAGCGGCGGAGGGAGGCGAAGGAGUCUGGCAUCGUCCUGGAGAAGGAGGUUAAGGAGUUCAAGAAACGGAAGAGGGGCGGGAUGGCCGGCGUGGAUAAUCCCGGUGUUGGGAGGUUUAAGGAUGGUGCCCUGGUGCUGAGUAAGAGGGAUGUGGAGAGCAUCACGGGCGGGAGUGGUGGGAGAGGAAAGGGUGGGAAGCGGGGUGGGAGGGGUGGUGGGAAGGGAGGUGGGAGGGGAGGUGGCAGAGGGAGGGGGAAGAGAAGUUAG